GGGGAGAGCGAGGAGGGGGCGGGUGAAAGGAGAGCUGUGAUCCAGACAGCGAAUCACAUGAGCUGAGAUCUGUUUACAAACUGAGCAGGAGAGAAGUCAUCGGCACCAUUAUGUGGAGGCAGGGCUGCUGUAAAAGGCGACAGGAAACGCACAGGAAUCUCAUCACUUUGUCUAGGAAAUGCAUUUUAUCCUUUGUGUCUUUGCAGCAGAGAAGCCAGACCAGAUGGUAUGAGAAAGACACAUCUUUGAAUGGGCUGCAUUCACAAGCUCUCGCUCUGAAGGCUGUGUGCCACCGCUCUUCCUCUUCCUUUGUUACCAAGGAAAAGGCUUGAUUGUAACGUUGAGGUCGAUAAUCUUGAGUGAGGAGACUAGAGGAAAGUGGCUGACGGCAAGAAGGGAAUGCCUAUGUGACGCAGAAUAACAGAUUACAGACAGUUUCUGCAAAAUGACCUCAGACAUCACCGGCCGUCUUCCACUCAAUGUCUAUGUCAUCAUUCUUGGAAUAGGCCUCUUCAUUUUCAUGUUGAGCAUGAUCUUCUGUUGCUACCUGUUCAGAUUGAGGAGACAGGGUACACAAGGACAAUAUGGAUAUAAUGAGGUCAUUCUAAAAGGUCCAGGGAAAAAAUUGAGUCUUCUUGGACAGACCUGUGCAGUUUGCUUGGAAGAGUUUCGAAGCCGGGAUGAAUUAGGGGUUUGCCCCUGUUCUCAUGCGUUUCACAAAAAGUGUCUGGUGAAAUGGCUGGAAAUUCGCAGCGUCUGCCCCAUGUGCAACAAGCCCAUCUGCAGGCUCCAGCCAGACCCUCCGCAGGGGGCCGAGGGGCCCCAGAACCCCCUGGACGUGUGACAUAAGAGGGGUGACACAGCUCAGAGAUAGGCAGGCUCUCAUUCAUCUAAGAACAGCAUUAGAAAUAUUACACUACUGGGGUGGGUGGACUAGUCCCAAAUUAACAACAACCGUCCCUGUCCAGCAAUCAGCAGAUUUCUCCUGCAUAGAUGGGUUUGGGAUUUUCCCAGUAGAACUGAACUUACGUGCCGUGUUUUUGGUCAUAAUGUAGCUUGCAGCAAGAUAAAUUGAUCACUUGUGGACUCCAAACAGACAAAUAUUCAGACCAGGACAGUUGCACAAAACAUGAGGUCUGAACUGACACUGUGCAAUAUAUGUGAAUUUACAGAAGUCCUCUAAGAUAGACUGUGGUAACUAUUACUACCAUAAAGAGUCAUGUUUAGGAAGACCCAGUUACAGAAUCCAAAGUGAGGAGCAGUUCACUGGCUGACCUUAAGGAUCUGUGAGCUCAUCGGAUAAUACUCUUGCCAAUAUUUUGAUGUUUGACACUCAGAAAUGUGUUUAUUUAGAGUCAGGUAGGUGUUUUGAGUGCUUAAGAGAGCUCAUGGCCUUGAUAAGGAGAACCCACACUGUAAUGUAGAACCCUCAGGGUCAGACUGAAUGAUAUUCGGCCUAAUUUAAGUUAAUGGGAUAGUUCAGGAAAAAAUACUAUGGAAGUCAAUGGCAACCACCAACUGUUUGAUUACCAGCAAACUUCAAAAUAUCUUCUUUUAAGUUCAACAUAAGAAACCAACUCCUACAGGUUUUGAACGACAUGAGGGUUAGUAAAUGAUGACAGAAUUUUCAUUUUUGGGUGAACUAUCCCUUUUACUGUUUUGUACUGUAUAUUGCUCUCAAUAAAAGUUAUGAUGGAA